UGACAGGUCUCGCCGAGCCGUCGGGGCGAGUUCUGCCCCCCCUUCGAAGGACCCCUCCCUUCUCGCCUCCGUCCCGUGAGGGGUCCUUUCGGGGCUGCCCCGUGGAGCGCCUGAUCAGAAACCCCGCCCUCCUCCUAGCUCUUCCCAUCGACUCCUCCCUAUUUCCGCUCAGGCGGCUCGACGGACGCCUAUCCGGGGACGCGGAGGGGCAGAGGCAAAAGUCUGGCGCAGCUUCGCGACUCCUCAACGCUCUUCUCCCACACACACGCUCGGCCGCACUCGUCGUCCUCCGCCUCAAGAUGGUGGCCUCGCGGGCCAUUGGCAGCCUCAGCCGCUUCAGCGCUUCUCGGAGCCUCCGUGCCGCCCCAGGUUAUAUUUGUCGCAACUUCAGGGGCUCCUCUGCUUUGCUAGCCAGAACUCAUAUUAACUAUGGACUCAAAGGAGAUGUGGCAGUUGUUCGAAUUAAUUCUCCUGAUUCAAAGGUAAAUACACUGAAUAAAGAAUUGCAGUCAGAGUUCAUAGAAGUAAUGAAUGAAAUAUGGAGUAACGAUCAAAUCAGAAGCGCUGUCCUUAUCUCCUCAAAGCCAGGCUGCUUCGUUGCAGGCGCUGAUAUCAACAUGUUAUCCUCUUGUAAGACUGCUCAAGAAGUGACAAAACUAUCACAAGAAGGACAGAGAAUGUUUGAGAAACUUGAGAAGUCCCCGAAGCCUGUUGUGGCUGCCAUCAGUGGAUCGUGCUUGGGCGGAGGACUCGAGCUUGCCAUUGCAUGUCAAUACAGAAUAGCAACAAAAGAUAGAAAAACCGUGUUGGGAGUCCCUGAGGUCCUGCUGGGAAUCUUACCAGGAGCUGGAGGCACACAAAGGCUGCCCAAGAUGGUAGGUGUGCCUGCUGCAUUUGACAUGAUGCUGACUGGAAGAAAUAUUCGUGCAGACAGAGCAAAGAAAAUGGGACUGGUUGACCAAUUGGUGGAACCCCUGGGACCAGGACUGAAAACUCCAGAGGAGCGGACGAUUGAGUAUCUAGAAGAAGUUGCUGUCUCUUUUGCCAAAGGGUUAGCUGAUAAGAAAAUCUCUACAAAGAGAAACAAAGGAUUAAUGGAAAAAUUGACAUCAUACGUCAUGGGUAUCCCAUUUGUGCGACAACAGAUUUACAAAAGGGUGGAAGACACAGUACGGAAGCAGACCAAAGGCCUUUACCCUGCACCGCUGAAAAUCAUUGAUGUGGUGAAGACUGGUCUUGAGCAAGGGACGGACGCCGGCUAUCUGUCCGAAUCACAGAAAUUUGGAGAGCUGGCAAUGACCAAGGAGUCCAAGGCCCUGAUGGGACUCUACCACGGCCAGGUCCUGUGCAAGAAGAAUAAGUUUGGGACUCCACAAAAGGAUGUGAAGCACCUCGCAGUUCUCGGGGCCGGGCUGAUGGGAGCGGGCAUUGCCCAGGUAUCUGUGGACAAGGGCCUGAAGACUAUUCUGAAGGAUGCCACACUGCCUGGGCUGGGCCGAGGACAGCAACAAGUGUUCAAAGGACUGAACGAUAAAGUGAAGAAGAAGGCUCUGACAUCAUUCGAGAGGGACUUCAUCUUCAGCAACUUGAUCGGGCAGCUCGAUUACCAGGGUUUCGAAAAGAGCGACAUGGUGAUUGAAGCUGUUUUUGAGGACAUUAAUCUCAAGCACAGGGUGCUCAAGGAAGUAGAAGGGGUGAUCCCUGAUCACUGCAUCUUCGCCAGUAACACAUCCGCUCUGCCCAUCAACGGGAUUGCCUCUGUCAGCAAAAGGCCCGACAAGGUGAUUGGCAUGCACUACUUCUCUCCUGUGGACAAGAUGCAGCUGCUGGAGAUCAUCACCACGGACAAGACGUCCAAGGACACCACUGCCUCCGCUGUGGCCGUGGGCCUCAAGCAGGGGAAGGUCAUCAUUGUGGUCAAGGAUGGACCCGGCUUCUACACCACCAGGUGUCUGGCACCCAUGAUGUCUGAAGUCAUAAGGAUCCUCCAGGAAGGAGUUGACCCCAAGAAACUGGACUUGCUGACCACAAGCUUUGGCUUUCCUGUGGGCGCUGCCACGCUGGUGGACGAAGUGGGCGUGGAUGUGGCUAAACACGUGUCAGAAGAUCUAGGCAAAGCUUUUGGGGAGCGGUUUGCUGGCGGGAACGUGGAACUGCUGCACCAGAUGGUGUCCAAGGGCUUCCUGGGUCGCAAGUCCGGGAAGGGUUUCUACAUCUACCAGGAGGGUGUGAAGAACAAGAACUUGAAUUCAGAGAUGGACGGUAUUUUUGCCAGUCUGAAGGUGUCUUCUAAGCCUGAAGUCUCCUCUGACGAAGACAUACAGUAUCGCCUGGUGACGAGAUUUGUGAACGAGGCCGCCCUGUGCCUGCAGGAGGGGAUCCUAGCCACCCCCGCCGAGGGGGACAUUGGUGCCGUGUUUGGUCUCGGCUUCCCGCCCUGUCUCGGAGGGCCCUUCCGCUUUACGGAUCUGUACGGUGCUCAGAAGAUUGUGGACCGGCUCAAGAAGUAUGAGGCCGUGUAUGGCAAGCAGUUCACCCCAUGCCAGCUGCUGCUCGACCACGCCUCCAGCUCCAAGAAGUUUUACCUGUGAGCAGGCUGCGGCACCUGCUCCUGCGCACUGAACCCCAGCGGCCAGCAGGACGUUUCCCGCAACAGCAGGCUCACAGGCCCUCAGCAGGACGGACUAGCAGGUGUGCAGUGCCAUCAAGUGCCUUUGGCAGACUGGGCCCUUGUGCAGAAGCCGGGCUGAGUCCAGCUGCACCCAAGAAGCAACUCAGACCCACCAUGCUCAUGAGUUCGGCAGCCGCCUGGCCCAGAGCAACCACCUCUUCGCAGUUUCGGCCUGUUGCUCCCGGGAAGCCAGAGGAGGGAGGUGGUGGGAAGGGCAUUGCUGCACCCACUAACAAUAAAAACCCUCUUGACUGGC